AUGAACUUAACCCAACUUGAUACUGCGGUGGACCACGUCAUAAUCGGACUCGACUAUGGAACCACGGGCACAGCGAUAUGGAUCAUGAUUGUACCGAGGGGGAAAAGUAUCGAGGAAAGUUCUCACUACCUCACCAAUUGGCCAUCAAGCAAUGAAACUCGAGUUGAUGCUAUAAAGGUCCCAUCAAGGAUUGCCUUUCCUGUGGACAACCCAAGUUUCUCCAUGAGGUCAACGCAUUGGGGCUUUGGCAUAAACCCUGGCAUGAACUCCUACUUCUGGACGAAGCUUUUGCUAGAGGAACAUACAGGAUUGGGUGAGUUCGACGAUGAAGUACUUAUGAGCACUGCUUUGAAAGGUGAUCUUCACCCGGCUUUCCGCUCUGUGGAUUGUCAAGAUCCUGAGAAAGUUAUCCUUGACUACCUUGGCCAUGUGCUAGAAUUUACGCGGGGCCAUCUCAAAGAGAGACCAGAUAUCAACUUUGACUUUGCUUCUGUUCAUCUCCAGUUCACCACCCCGGCUUCCUGGUCCAAAAAAGCCCAAGAAUUGAGCGAAUGGGCGGUGAAGCGUGCUUGGUGGUUCAGGAGAAACCACGAUACGCUCACAGUACUGUCAGAGCCAGAGGCUGCCUCAAAGGCUAUUUGCCAAAGUCUACAGGGCGAAUUCAAGACUGGGGAUGGGAUUUUGAUUUGCGACUGUGGCGGUGGAACCGUGGUGAGUCUUUACCUCUCAUGGUAUAUCAUGAUGUUUCACUACCUGCCAUUUGGGCAUGAUCCAUGGAUGGAGAUUCCACCGAAACAAAGGGCAAAGUGUGGCGGUGUGGCCAUUGACAAUCGACUCUUCAGCCUUAUGAAGAAGCACAUGCCAGAUGCAUUUGGACAUCUCAACCAUCUUAUUGCACCAGGAAGCAUAUUUAUGGACAGUUUUGAAAAGCUGAAAAGAGAUUUUGACGAAGGGCUACCGUAUCAUUGCUUCAAGUUGCCUCUUCAGGUAAGAAGAGGCAGGGCGACAUGCGAUCCCCGAUACUAUAACUCGAGUGCUUUCGAAUUUUACCUGAGAUAUGAUGACGUACGGUCUCUAUUUGAUCCAGUCAUUUUCAACAUCAUUCGUUUGAUAAAUUCACAGAUCAAGGUUGCGAACUUGGAGUAUGGCUCUCCAGUGAUAAAUAUCAAACGGCUCAUAAUUGCACUCCAGAAAAUUGUCCUUGUCGGCGGUCUAGGAUCUUCGACUUACGUUCAAAGAGUAAUCCGCCAGGCUUUGGAAUCAUCGCAGAAGCUAUGUGUGAUGGUACCUAUGGCGAUUGACCCGUGA